CAUGGUAAUAUGUGGGAAUACAUGGCAAUACACGGGAAUACAUGGGAAUACAUGGGAAUACAUGGGAAUACAUGGGAAUACGGGAAUACAUGGGAAUACAUGGGAAUACGUGGGAAUACAUGGGAAUACCUGGAAAUACACGGGAAUAAAUGGGAAUACGUGGGAAUACAUGGGGAUAACAUGGAAAUACAUGGGAAUACAUGGGAAUACAUAAGAAUACAUGGGAAUACAUGGGAAUACAUGAGAAUACGUGGGAAU